ACUCACCCCUAUCCAUUCACUCCCUUUUCUCCUGGGGUGGGAAUGGGGGAGAGGAAGUUUUUUUCCUUAAACUACCAACCAAACAAACCCCCACCACCCCCAAAAAAAACUUUUCGGAAGAGGCGAGAGACUUUUUAAACGGAUGCUUUUAUUUUGUUUGUUUGUUUGUUGUCUUUGAAAGUAACUCUGAACAGAGAGAGAGAGAGAGAGAGAUACACAUUACAUCCAUGGACUUGUUCAGAAGCUGCUGAUGCCUGGACUGAGGUCAGGAACAGAGCGAAUUGACUAUAACUACAGGGAAAACAAGUGCAGAGAUACAUUUAUAUCCUCAAAACAGGGAAUGGUAUCGUUUUGUUGGGAGAUUCCAGGCGAGGAUGCCAGGAGAGAGCAUGCCAAACCACUUAGACUUUCUCAAAAUCCUUGCUGCUGUCUUGCUGGUCUGAUUGAAUGAAGGGGUUGUUGUUGUUAGCCCAGUGCUAACAACUUGGCUUGGCGUUUGGAGGAAAAGAAUGGCAACAGUGGCUGAUGACUGGAGGGACUCUCACACUGACUCCAAACCUCGCUCUUGCAACCCAGAGGAAGCCUUGAAGAGCCCAGCUCCAUCCUCACACGCUGCGGCCAGCGACCCUGACCUGGGAGGACAAGGCAUCCAAGCCGAGUGUGUGGUGUGUGGGGACCGGGCAAGCGGAAAGCACUACGGACAAUUCACCUGCGAAGGGUGCAAGAGUUUCUUCAAGAGGAGCAUACGGCGAAACUUGUCUUACUGUUGCAGAUCCAACAGGGACUGUCACAUCGACCAACACCACAGAAACCAGUGCCAGUAUUGUAGGCUGAGGAAGUGCUUCAAAGUGGGCAUGAAACGAGAAGCGGUUCAACGAGGGAGAAUAGCCCCAGUCCAGUCCAGCCCGGGAGAAAUCUCGCUCACGAGCGGAGACCAUCUGAACGGAAGCAGCGUCCCAAGUCUCAUCUCCCUCCUGCUACGAGCCGAGCCUUACCCGAGCUCCCGCUACAACAGCCAGUGCAACCUCAUGAGCAUAGACAACAUCUGCGAGUUGGCGGCUAGGCUGCUUUUCAGCGUGGUGGAGUGGGCGAGAAACAUCCCCUUCUUUCACGAGCUCCAGAUCCCAGACCAGGUGGCCUUGCUCAGGCUGAGCUGGAGCGAGCUGUUCGUGCUCAACGCAGCCCAGUCCUCGCUUCCCCUCCACAUGGCCCCGCUCCUGGCCGCCGCCGGCCUCCACUCUGCUCAGAUGUCCGCCGAGAGGGUGGUGGCCUUCAUGGACCAGAUCCGUAUCUUUCAGGAUCAAGUGGAGAAGCUCAAGAAUCUGCAGGUGGAUUCUGCUGAGUACAGUUGUCUAAAGGCCAUCGCCCUGUACACACCAGAUGCAUCCGGCCUCUCAGAGCCAGCCCACAUUGAGAGUUUACAGGAGAAGGUUCAGGAGUCAUUGGCGGAAUAUGUGCGUUCCCAGUACCCACCCCAGCCCCAGCGCUUCGGGAAGCUGCUCCUGAGGCUCCCGGCGCUCCGAGCCGUGCCCGCCUCCCUCAUCGGACAGCUUUUCUUCAUGAGACUUGUGGGCAAGACUCCCAUCGAGACCCUGAUCAGAGACAUGCUCCUGUCAGGAGGCUCCUUCAACUGGCCUUACAUGUCGGCUCAAUGACUCGUCGGACACGAUCCAUCGAUCCCACAAGGUUCUGCCACCACAGAGGGAAUAUCCCAUGCAAUUCCCAUUCCGCAGCAGCUGAAAGGUCUAUAAGGGAUAACACUGGAAGAACUGGGCAGACUCGCAAGUCUUAAUUUGUCAGCAAGAUAUAGAUGUCGAAUUAAACAAUGACCCUUUCAACAAGAAAAGGCCAUUUGGCCCAUCAAGGACUGUAGACUCCUCAAUCACUGUAGCUUGUGGUGGGGGAGUUUGGAUGGAUGUACCCAGGCCCCAGAGCAAAAGGUCCUCCACUCUGACAGGCAAUCUCCUCCCUCACAUCAUCACUAUCCCUCCCAUCCCGUUAUGAGUUGGGAAGUACAGGAGUAGUUCGUUCCUGUGAUGGGGUUUAUUCCAGCGUUCAGGCCUGGAAGCUGGGUGGGUGUUCAAAAUCUUAAUCACAGGUCCCAGAUCACACUGUCUUGAAUUUGUCGGUCCUCAUUGGAGUAUGACAGACAAGGCUGGCUGCUGGGUUCUGUGAUGACCCUUGUCAAGGCUGACAGACCUCCACCCCAUUCUCAACCCCCCCCACCCCACCCAC